AUGGACGUGAUUACAAACGUAAAUGUGGGUACUGGUGAUAUUCAUCCCAUAGUUUUAGCCACAUUUGGUGUUGCAUCUUGUUUUGCUGUUAUUAUUGAACUUGAAAAUAAGAAUGUCUAUGAUUUAGACAUGGGUGCAAUUAUUAAAACUGUAUUUAUAAUUGGGGGUUGGAAUGAUAUGUUUUAUAUGGCAUUACGAAAGCAAAUUGAUUUAGUACGUAAUCAUUGUAAAAUUAUGCUUAACUUAAUUGGUUUUAAUAUGCCAGUAAAAAAAUCAAAUGAUAAAAAUAAAGAAGCAGGUGAUGACGACAGUCCAAAUGAUUAUGUCGUUGAUGCUACUAUCAUAUACGAUCGAUCAUUAAAUCCUCAUACAUUUAUCAUUGGUCAAUAUGCUGGUCGUGAACAUCAAAUGGGUACUAAUCGAAAUGAUUCAUUAUUACAAGUUAUAUAUGAAUUUGAUGCAAUAUUGAAAAACUUCCAAGCAUUUAUAUGCGCGAAUGCUCGUGGAUCGCCUUAUUAUACUGAUUUAUUAAAUCAAGUGUUAUUGAACGUUAACAGUCAAUUGUAUAUUUAUGAUUCUUUCCUUGAUGAUAAUUUUAAAACAAAAAUAGAUACUUUAUUAUCACGAGUUAAAAAAACAACAAUCUUAUACGAAUAA